AUGGAUGAGGAACAGUGCUACUACAAUGAGACCAUUGCCUUCUUCUACAACCGCAGUGGCAAGCACCUCGCUACUGACUGGAACACGGUCAGCCGGCUGGUGAUGGGCCUGGGCAUCACCGUUUGCAUUUUCAUCAUGCUCGCCAACCUCCUAGUGAUGAUCGCCAUCUACGUCAACAGGAGAUUCCACUUCCCGAUCUACUACCUGAUGGCCAACCUGGCAGCUGCUGACUUCUUUGCCGGACUGGCCUAUUUCUACUUGAUGUUCAACACGGGCCCGAACACGCGGCGCCUGACCGUGUCCACGUGGCUCCUGCGCCAGGGCCUGAUCGACACCAGCCUGACGGCAUCCGUGGCCAACCUGCUGGCCAUCGCCAUCGAGCGCCACAUCACGGUGUUCCGCAUGCAGCUCCACACGCGCAUGAGCAACCGGCGCGUGGUGGUGGUGAUCGUCAUAAUCUGGACCAUGUCUAUCGUGAUGGGGGCCAUCCCCAGCGUGGGCUGGAACUGUAUCUGUAGCCUUAAGUCUUGCUCCAACAUGGCGCCCCUCUAUAGUAACUCCUACCUGGUCUUCUGGGCCGUCUUUAACCUGGUGACUUUCGUCGUCAUGGUGACUCUGUACGCCCAUAUUUUCGUCUACGUGCGACAAAGGACCAUGAGGAUGUCCCGGCACAGCUCAGGGCCUCGACGCAACCGGGACACAAUGAUGUCCCUGCUGAAGACUGUGGUGAUUGUGCUGGGGGCCUUCAUCAUCUGCUGGACUCCCGGCCUGGUCAUCCUGCUCCUUGACGUCUUCUGCGCCAACUGCAACGUCCUGACCUACGAGAAGUUCUUCCUGCUCCUCGCCGAGUUCAACUCGGCCAUGAACCCCAUCAUCUACUCCUACCGGGACAAGGAGAUGAGCGCCACCUUCAGGCAGAUCCUGUGCUGCCAGCGGCAGGAGAACGUCAACGGGACGGUGGCCGAGGGAUCCGACCGGUCAGCGUCCUCCAUCAACCACACGGUGCUGGGCGCCAGCGCCGCGCACCACCACCACCACCACCACAACGAACACUCCGUAGUAUAA